CUUCUCCGCAGACGCGACACCAGUGCACCUUCCUCCAUUGCAAGUCAGCUGCGAUGGAAGACAACCUACCUAGAGAAAUACAAGAGCAAGGAUGCUGGUCGUGGAAAGAACCUCCCUUUUUGAGUCGGUAGGCAGCCGUCUCUCGGGUUGCGUCGAACGCCUUCCUCCCAAAACCGACAGCCGCACUUUCUCAUCAAUGUGCCCGUUGAUGGUUUCCUUCUCUCUUCUCAGUGUUUAUAAACCUUUCUUGCCUUCUCUCCCAUCCAUUUCUCCUCCAUCCCACUCUUACCACUCGGCGUCUGUCCACUUGCUCAACUCUCACGCAUCGUUGCUUGGUUUCUGCAUCAAUUCCUUAUCAUGCAUUACACCACUGCACCACUUCUGGCCUUCGCUGGUCUCGCCAUUUCCAAAGCCAUCGAUACCAGGGCUGUCAAAGCUGUCACUCCAGCUCCGCGCUAUAGCUCGACUCUGACCCGGACGCAAACGAGCUAUUACGAUGACGACGAAGGAGAGUCGGCCCAUGAAGGAGCCUCAGUCUUCGUAGGAGAAUCGGCCACUUGGAACUUCUCGGCCACCAAAGUUUCGGGCAUUCUGAAUCUGGACCUUUCGAACACUUCAGUUCCGGACUUGGAGGACAUUGUAGAGUUGGACUUUGAGGACAUUCUGGACUCAGACUCUGAAGAUGAUCCAGUCUCGGGCGACCUGGAACUGGAGUUUUCGGUCACUCGAGAUUCGGGCAGUUUGGAAUCGCAGUACUCCAUUUCUGGGAGCAGCCAUGAACAUCCUUACCAGAGCCCAGGUCGAUCAACAUUCUUGGUACAAACAACCACAGUCCCGUCUUCGGCCAGAAUCACUUGGACUAAGACCAGGCGGCCAAGCCUUGUCACAUCACCUCCAAUACCUGGCAUCUUCACCAACCACUCUGCAGUCCCUGAAGUCCAUGGAAGUCCCCAGCACAACAGAACACUCGGACUCCUCUCCGGUACACCAAAACGGCCAAGUCUUGUUACAUCGCCCUCGAACUCUGGAAUCUUCACCCACCAUUCUGCAAUCUCUGAGACCCAUGGAGUUUCCCAGCACAAGACGCUCACAAUUGGCUUAGGCUUAUCAAACAAGACCUCGGACCGGAAGCAAUUCGGCACGAGAACCUCGCCUUCCAGCGGUGCUUCCAGGCUCAUCACGGGUUAUUAUCAGACUGAUAGUCACGAUCUCAUUCCCAGCACGCCAACCGACUUCUGUGCUUUUACUCCAACCAUGAGCCGGGGAGGUUUCGGACACAGCGAGACGCCCAAAUAUACCUUCAACACACCAAGCACCGCCUCGCUUCGCGUCUGUGGCGAUAUCGCCAUUGAGGUUCUUGGUAGUUCCAGAUGCAACAAGCCCACUUCCGGAAUGCAAGACAAGUCUUAUAUCCAAACCUUCGGCACGACUACCUCAUUCUCCAGCGGCACUCCCAUUCGAUCCUGCACCUGCACUCCCGUCUGCAGCUGUACGCCGACCUGUGGCUGCACUUCUGGUAUCGUACAACGCAGACAGGCGAGUGUCACCGAUGGCUACGGCUCCCAUUCCGGACCGAUUACAGAGCCGCCACGGAUGCCUCAAUCAAUCUUGUCUGCGAGAGUUGUUGCUGUCUCCACGCCAAACCCGUUCAAUACUUUCUCCUCCUCGGGCGAUAUCUUGGAAACAAAUCCAAUUCGUAAUGGACUAGUCAGGAGCUUCGAAUAUGGAAGAUUCGCCACGGCCUAUUUUGCGGACACUUUCUCCGUUAACCCGGACACCGACAUGUCGUACAAGAAGAAGGGCAAGUAUAGGAGGGUGGCAGCUAUCAAAUAUCAAAAGCUCGAGAAAGAAUUCAAGAACAGCCACUAUGCCAGGAUCACUUGCAACACCUGGGCCAGAAGUAUCGUCUCCGCAACAAAUGGCACCGACGUGAACAGGAAGUUGGGAAUAGAACUUCUCGACUGUUUCAGGGACUAUGUGUUUGCCAGGUGGCGCAAGCACAAGACCGACAAGACUGACGAGACCGACCCUAACGCGAAAGUCAGCCGCAGGGCAGUUGGUCCACCUACUGGUGACAAUGUGUGCAUUGCGGGCCCAAAACUCGAGAUCGACGGAGCGGAGGUCCCACAGGAAGUCCUGUGCAAGCUUGUCGAUUCUUACGAGGCUUCGACGGAGGCAAAAGAAUGCAGCUCGAAACUCAGUUGGGAUGAUCUCAUCAGUCUUGACCCGCCCAUGAGUCCACCGGACCACGCAGCUGCAGCAUUGAGUUGUAUCGUACAUUAUGUCAAGACUGCCAGGCCUACCACCGCUACUGGGACCACCGCCACUACUGGGCCCACCACCAUUACGCUUAAGUCUCAGAUGCCGGCAGCCAAACAACCCAACAUGCCGACCAUCUUUGCCGCUCGCGCCGAUGUUAAGCCUACUACUGAAUUCGUCAGUACGAAGGCUGCUGUCUUUGCCAAGUCGGUUGUUGCCAAAUCCACCACUUCCACGACUUCUACCACUUCUUGUUCUUCUAUCACGUGGAUGGAGGACCCAAAAUUCACCAUAACUGGAAGGGAUCCCUGUGGGCAGCCGACAUCGCGAUCUGCCAAUGGCAUCGAUAUCCUAGGUUCUUAUGAGUCGGUACUCUUGAUCCAAAACAAAAACGGAACCAUCCUCGAAACAACCUCGGCGACUUGGGUACCUAGUACCAAUGCUCCGACGGCGCCUCCCCGUGAGCCACUGCUUAGCUUGAGCACAAAUAAGAAAGGCACGAUCAUUGCUUCGGGCAAUGGAACCGGCAAGUCAGAAGUUUGGACGGGAUCUUCUACCUUCUUUACUGGCUCCCAACGUUCGAGCAUUAUGAGUGUCUCGUGGACCAAAUACCCGCGGAGCAACAGCACUUCGAAACCCAAGAGAAGCCCAACCAGUCUUGCGGUGCGGGACGACGGCACACUUGUUCUUUCCAAGUCUGGUUAUGUCCUGAACUUCGGAGUGCACCCAACACCGUCUAGGACCAUCACUGUUUCGCACACGAACACGAUCACGGAGUCUGUCUCUGUCCAUUUCUCAGUAUUCGCCACUCCAAUAGGCGUUAAGCCAUUUCCCAUGGACGUCCAUACCGAGGACGGUGUCGAAACUGAGUCUCUGGAGACGAUCACGAUGACAAUAAUGGGGCAAACGUGCCCAACCUGCUCUACGGUUGCGGUGCACCGGUCAUCGGAAGAAAGAGACGAGAGCCUUCUGAGGCAAAAGCGAUUUGAUACUACAGUCACCUUUGAAAUCACCAAAACUGUCACCAAGACCAAGGAGGUGCACCACGCGGCCUCAUCAAUCCCCUCAAACGUCAGUGCUGUCACUCUUUCGCCAAUUCCUCCGCCAAAAUCCACAAGCACUAUACGGGCGUCUAUUACGACAGUCACGCCGUCGUCACGGUCUACUAGCACCGCCUUGGCGUCUAUUUCAAGAGUCACGCCAUCGUCACGGUCCACUAGCACUGUCGUGGUGUCAUCUGGAGUUGCGACCGUCACAGCUGGUGUUGCGACGGUUACAAGCUCCGUUUAA